AUCUAUGAAGAACACUCUUGUGAAUUUUGUAGAGCCAAACCUUUCAGCGAAGGAAAGUCGAGACCUAACCUUCUUCCUCUGUAAGCAAAAGGAGACGAGAAUCCUUCUAACAUAAAGGGUAAAGAGAAUCUUGGGGCUGUAAGAAUGUGUCGGAAAGAAAUCAAGGAAAUCCCUGAAACAAAUUCUAUCCUCAAAUCAAACGUGGCAAAUGAAGAAAAACUCCACCUGUCAACUGAGUUGCUUAGUCACCUCAGUCAGUCGGCUACUUCCGUUCCACCUGGCCAUUAACACCGACACGUCUUCCUCCAUUGCAGACCCUCUCUUCCAGAAACCGCCUCUCUCUGUCUUAUUUACACCCAUUUCCAUCCAUUUUCGAAAUCUACUUCAAACAUAGAAACAAUACAAACCCCACAGAGAAAAAAGGAUGGCAGCAGAGCAAUUGAGCCGCAGAGACAACACCACGAAGGAAAGAGAAAUUCAGGUGGAGAAAGAGAGAGUUCCACAGUUGACAAGCCACUUCGAGGCCAUAGCAGUGCAGUGCAAAGCCGCAACUCCAGAGAAAACUCAUGAAUUGGCUAGUGACGGGGGAAAAGAGGCGCAGGGUACCAGCAUAGCCAAAGGGGCACUUCCGGGAAGAGAGGUGAGACGGAGUGUUGCAGAAGGUGAAGUUGGAGAUGGAAAGCCAGAUGAGACCCAUGAAUUGGCUGCUCAAUUUGACUCUCUUGCUGAAAAAGUAAGAGACAAGAGAGAGACAGAUACAGAGAAUGAAAGGGAGAGGCGAGCACGUGCGGAUAAAGAGAGAGAGCAGAGACGGUCUCGAAUAGGAGAGGAGCAAAGACUCCCAGAACAGAAAAAAGGGAAAGAGGAUGAGAUGGGGUUUCGCCAAAAUCAACCAUCUCUUGAAGAAAUUUCAAAUGUCAGAGCUACAGCACAGGAGAAAUCGAACAAGGCGACAAGGGCUGCUAAGGAACGUUAUGAUGAAGCCAAGAAAGAAUCGCUCAACCAAGGAGUUGGGGCUAGAACAGAGGAGUGGGAUCAGGGAGGCACAGAAGGAGCUGAGGGCACAGUUGAAGAGAGGGGCCAACAGACAGGUUUAGGGGCAGUGAAGGAGACACUAACUAGUGCAGCCAAAACAGCAAAAGAUUACACUGUGCCAAUAGCAGAGAAGGCCAAGGAUUACACAGUCCAAAAGGCUGUGGAAGCCAAGGACAUUACAGUCUCUGUAGGUCAAACAACAGCGCAUUACCUUGGAGAGAAGGCAGUUGCGGCUAAGGAUGUAGCAAUAGGUGGUGGGAAAGUUGCAGCCGAAUACGCUGGCAAAGCGGCUGAGGAUCUGAAGGAUAAGGCGGUGGUUGCAGGGUGGAGCACAGCCCAUUACUCAUGUGACACGGCGGUGGAGGGGACAAAAGCAGCGGCAAGGCUCGUGAAGGGAGCUGCAGAGCAGGCUGGAGCAAUAGCAGCCAAGCCAUUGUCUGCUGCAAAGAAUGUUGCUGAAUCAACCGGGGAGAGUGUGAAGGAGUACACAGCUAGGAAGAAAGAAGAAGCACAGAGAGAAUCUACGUACAAGCAAGCUGAGAAGGAAUCCAUGUAUGAGAAAAGUAGGGAAACUUUUGAAUGGGCGAGAGAAGAAGUGAAGGAAAGGGGAGAAGGAAGAGUAAAUGAGAAGAACGCUGCGGGGGGAAGAGAUGAUGGUGGAAUAUUGGGGGCAAUUGGGGAGACCAUAUACGAGAUUGCACAGACAACUAAAGAGAUAGUGAUUGGGCAUGGAGAUGAAACUAGAAAACACAGCACAUUCGACUUUGAGCAUGGCGAGGAAGAGGGAGAGGCAAAUGACCAAGGAUACGGAAGGGAAGAGCACUACCAAACUGCUACAAGGAAGGAAUACAGAGCCUGAUAGAAAGUUAAGAACUGUCUUUUUGUUUCAGGGUGAAUAAAAUUGAGUGUGUGUGUCCUUUCGUGUGCUUUUAAGUAGAUCAAGUGUCUUGCAGUGGUGUAAAGGGUGGAGUUUCAUAUGAAGUAAGGAGCACGCACUGCUAUCAUGCUCUCUUCUAAAUUCGUUCAAAUCAUCCAGUCGAUGGAAAGGUGAAGGGGGUGUGUAGUAUAUAUACCCCAUGGUUUUCCAUUUCUUCCUAUCUUGUCUUCGGACAAUGAAGAACA